AACAGCCCUCUACCGUUCAAUUUUCCGACUCUGUACUUCGUGUGUCAGUCAAUGGGGGAUCAGGAAUAAGAAUGUGUGGUUGUCACGUGAGUUCGGUAUUACAUGACGCAAGUCGAAACAUGUAACAGCAGAUAUCUGCUACAAUUUCUAAAUAACAGUUAUUGUCAGUGGUGUAUAAAGUGUUUUUUGUGUGUUUGACGGAGUAAUGGAACAAGUUGUACUUCAUAUAAACCGCAACAGGGUGCUUACAGGUUGUCAGCAAAGAUGAAUAUUUUUGCUACUACAGAUGCUGUUGAUCUCAGAUGCUGGGGGUGAAACCAUGCAGUUGCAGUGUCUACUGCUACUGCUUUUUGCACUGAUGUUUACUCUGCGUGUCAUCCACAGCAUCCUGGUGGUCAAUUGCAUCCCAGAGUGCAUCUGCCUUUCGCAGACACAGGUGCUGUGCAACACUGGCGGUCUAACAGAGAUCCCCAUCAAGUCACUGCCUUCCACAGUGGAACACCUGUCUCUAACGAAGAACCACUUCCCAAUCAUAAAAAGUGACGCUUUUGCUGGACUCCGUGGAUUAAAAAAGCUUUCUCUGGACGGAAACAACAUUUCAAUCAUCAAACCUUUCGCUUUUCGUGGUCUUCCUCGCCUCCGAGAACUCUCAAUACAACAUACUCCUCUCACAACAAUUGCCCAAUUUUCCUUUGCCGGUCUCCAGAAUAUUUCAACAAUACUCUUAGGACACAACCGGAUACAACGUGUUGAAGGUUACGCGUUUGCUGGGACGUCCAACGUUCGUCUGCUUCUCCUGAACAACAAUCCACUUCACCGAGUGGACAGUUCGGCUUUCUCUGGCUUGUCCAACGUGGAACGUCUCAUCUUCCCUUCUGGCAUCCGCGCAGUGGAACCUGAUUCCUUCAGUGGCCUCGACACAGUUAGCUUUCUGAAGCUGGCCUUCAUGGACCUCUCCUCUCUGAAGCCUCACACCUUCCGAGGGCUCAGCCACGUCCAUAUUUUAUCGAUACAGGAUUCUGACUUAGGUAUUAUCCGUGCCGAUGCAUUUGAAGGCAUGACUCAAAUUGGAAUCUUGAGUCUAAAGAAUAAUAAGAUAGACGCAAUUCAAGAACUGAAGUUAAAACCUAUUAAUCGUAUAAAAAUGUUACAAUUACAUGGCAACCAUCUACUGGAGACACCUCUACCUGGUGCUAUAAUAAUUCAGGGUGUCGAAAAGUUGAAUGUAAUUGAUAACCAUUUUCCAUGUGACUGUCAUAUACACACACUUCUUGAGAGUCCUUUAGCUAACGACACCACCGGAACCGAUUUCAGAAGUAAGAAUUACUGUAUAUCUCCUCUAGAAGUGAACGGCAAAUUGAUGAGUGACUUGGAUCUGGACUCCAUCGGCCGAUGCCACGAGCAGGUAACGAGGGGGAACCUUGAGGCUUCUAAAGGACCAACGGACUCUGGUUGCAAGAAAACAUCUUUUUCUCCCUCUGCAACCUUUCUGAUUGUCUCUCUAUUGUCUAUAUUAUGUCAGAGGUGAGGAUUACUUGUCACGUGAUAAUUUUUUGCCUAUAUGAAUUAUUCAGAAAGGUAAUGUUGGUAAAUUUUGUAUAGAGAUUAAAUUGAAUAUCACUCACCAACUGCCAGUUCAAAUAGACUAUUUUAAAGACUCCGUUUAACGGAAAUUUAUAUUUGAAUAAUAUGAAAACAGAAUGGAUUAAU